UCCGCGCCUGCGCACGGGCCCAGACUGCGUGACAAGGGGCGUCUCCGGGCUCCGCGGAGCCCGGCUCGCAGCAGCGGGAGGGGUCGCCCUUGCUGUCCGAGCUGGCGCGAGGGGUGAGCAGGGGCUGCCCGGGGUCUGGAGCGGGGACAAGCCGGGAAGCGACCACUUCCAUCCCGCACGCUGUCACCCGUGGCGCGCGGUGUGGCCCGCGUCCCCGAGUUGGGCUCAAACAAAGGCUGCGAAGGCUGGGCAGGGCCGGGCCAGCCCUGGAGAAAGGCUUCUCCUUUGCGUUUAGGGAGGAGGAAACGGAUUCGAGAGGUUAGGUGAUUUGGCACAGCCAACAAGUGAAGGAGCUGGGAUUCAAAUCCAGAUUCUUUUUGAUUCCCAAUCUUUGAUUCCCAAUCUCAGACUUAACAAUCUCAGUCUGAGGUUUAAAAUAACCUAGUCUUUUACUAAAACAAAGAACCACUUUUAUUUCUCUCUUUAUACCUUAGGACACAGCGCAGUGUUCCGGACCAUGUGGGCUCUCUGUAUCCACGGUCUCCAUAUUAUCUUUUGUAAAAAAAUUUCAGUGGUGCAAGUUCUAGAUUUCUGACCAUGCGAUAGAACCUUCUGGAUCCUUUUGCUGACUCUGAUGUUUUCUGCCCAGUAUGGCCAGGGGACUGUAGAGGUGGCGAUUUAGAACAAGCACCUGGAGCCUCUAGCUGCUUGCUGAGGAGACAGUUGGAGCGCAAGGAUGGCAGGUGUGCCUUGAGAGCCUAGAGAGUGAAAGGUGCAGACUCUGGAUUUGGGCGCGUGUAUCUGCCGGGUUCCCGGGAGUGGAACCGUGCAACUGGGAAGCCUCCCUUCGGAAUUUCUGUCAGUUUCCUCAUCAAAAGUGGACAAGCCCAGUCAGGACUCUCUGCCUUGUGGGUUGAGCCAGAGAUCCCCGGAAAGGAGCCCCGAAAUCGUCAUGCUCCAGCGGCUCCUGAUUUCCUUGCCCGCCGAGACCAGCUCCUGGGUGAAGUUGCACCAUCCAGAGAAGGCCCCGGAGGGCGCGCCCCUGUGGGAGGACGUGCCUGAGAUGUCGGAAGGAGAAGCUCUGCUAUCUCGGGGUGCUGAUGAGACCCAGGGAGAAAGCUUUGAGGAAGAAGCAACAUCUGGGUCCCUGGCAGAAGAAUCCCAGGAGCAGUUGACCUUCAGGGACGUAUCCGUGGACUUCACCCAGGAGGAGUGGGGGCAGCUGGCCCCUGCUCACCGGCACCUGUACCGGGAGGUGAUGCUGGAGAACUACGGGAACCUGGUCUCCGUGGGAUACCAGCUUUCCAAGCCUGGUGUGAUUUCACAGUUGGAGAAAGGAGAAGAACCGUGGCUGAUGGAGAGAGAGGUUUCGGGAGGUCCAAGUCCAGACUUGAAGGGUGAAACAGAAACCAAAGAGUCAGCCUUAAAAAAUGAACUUUCAUGGAAAGAAUUACACCAUUGCCUGAUGAUGGAAAAGUCCACUAGAGGAAGCACCUUGACGUCCACUUUGGGAAGAGUCUCCCAGUGUCACAAGUUAGAAAACCACCAGGAGAAACAAGGAAUGAGUGAGGGGCAAAUGCUCUUGAUCCACAAGAAAACACCCACUCAGGAAAGAGGCCAAGAAUCUAAUAGAUUUGAGAAAAGUGGCAAUAUGAACUCAAAAGUUAUUCCAGGACCAGUAGGUCCUCCAAGAAAAAGACACCAUAAAUAUGAUGUAUCUGGAAAGAAAAGUAGAUACAAUUUAGAUUUGAUUAAUCAUUCAAGAGGUUGUACAAGAAUGAAGACCUUUGAAUGUAAUAUUUGUGAAAAAAUCUUCAAACAGUUCAUUCAUCUUACAGAACACAUGCGAAUUCAUACUGGAGAGAAACCUUUCAGAUGUAAAGAAUGUGGAAAAGCCUUUAGCCAAAGUUCAUCCCUUAUUCCACAUCAGAGAAUCCAUACUGGCGAGAAACCCUAUGAAUGUAAGGAAUGUGGGAAAACCUUCAGACACCCAUCAUCUCUUACUCAACAUGUUCGAAUUCAUACUGGGGAGAAGCCCUAUGAGUGUGGUAUAUGUGAGAAGGCAUUCAGCCAGAGCAUUGGGCUGAUUCAGCAUUUGAGAACUCAUGUCAGAGAGAAACCUUUUACAUGCAAAGGCUGUGGAAAAGCAUUUUUCCAAAUUAGACACCUUAGGCAACAUGAGAUUAUUCACACGGGUGUGAAACCCUAUGUUUGUAAUGUAUGCAGUAAAACCUUCAGCCACAGCACAUACCUAACUCAACAUCAGAGAACUCAUACUGGGGAAAGACCAUAUAAGUGUAAGGAAUGUGGGAAAGCCUUUAGCCAGAGAAUACAUCUUUCUAUCCAUCAGAGAGUCCAUACCGGAGUGAAACCUUAUGAAUGCAGUCAUUGUGGGAAAGCUUUCAGGCAUGAUUCAUCCUUUGCUAAACAUCAGAGAAUUCAUACUGGAGAAAAACCAUAUGAUUGUAAUGAAUGUGGAAAAGCCUUCAGUUGUAGUUCAUCACUUAUUCGACAUUGCAAAACACAUUUAAGAACUACCUUCAGCAAUGGUGCUUUGGGAUGUAUCUCUAAAAGAACCACCAGUCUUUUAAGAUUUAACUGCAGUGCCAUUGUUAUACCAAAGAAAAUGAGGCCAUAAUUCCUUAGGGUAUAUUGAUUUUUUUAAACAUAGGUAUAUUAACAUUUACAGCCGCCAUUUUAAUUGUUUUUCACUUUCCAUUGCCAAGUAUACAAUAUUAGAUUUUAAAACGUGCUUUCUAUUGAGUGAGAGGGUCUUUGUGAGAGCCCCCAGAGAAACUCAUUUAGAGGCCUAUCAAAGAGGGCCAGGGAGAAGGUGACAACAGAGGCCAAAUUUAGGCAAGGAACUAUGAGAGAGGAAGUAGAGGAAUUGACUCACAGUGUUUCUUGUUUAUAAAUACUACAUCCUUCCAAACAUAACUGGAAAUUGAUCAGGUUCAACUUCUUACUGUUAAAUGGCAGAACAAACAAUUCAACUGCCUGAGCAUUCUGCGAACUGUCAAAAGGCAAGCUGUUGGGGAGUUCCCGUCACAGCUCAGCAGUAACAAACCCAACUAGUAUCCAUGAGGACGCAGGUUUGAUCCCUGGCCUCAAUCAGUGGGUUAAGGAUCUGGCAUGGCCAUAAGCUGUGGUGUAGGUUGCAGACAAAGCUUGGAUCUGGUAUUGCUGUGGCUGUGGUAUUGCUGUGGCUGGCAGCUGCAGCUCUGACCCAACCCCUAGGCUGGGAACUUCCACCUGCAGAAUGUUCAGCCCUAAAAAAAGAAAAAAAAAAAGGAAAGCUGUUGGAGUGGUGUGGUGGGUUAAGGAUCCAGUCUUGUCACUGCAGCGGCUCAGGUCGCUACUGUGGCACAGGUUCCAUCCCUGGCCUGGGAAUUUCCACAUACCACAGAGAGAGGAAAAAAAAAAAAAAAGUUAAAGCUAUUAAGCCAGAAUAUAUCCCAUUAUCUCUAGAUAUUUUCUGUUAGUAUAUUGACUUAAAAAAAAAAACUGGCUUCUAAUUCUUAAGUCCUGUGUGACUUGGAUGGGCAGAAAGAGUGGGGAUACGCACUAUUCCUUAUCUAUAGUCUUAGACGUUUCUGUGGUCUUAGAUUUCCCAAGAAUAUGGGUUUCUCUGGUCGCUUCUUUUAGUGAAAGGCAUGACCACCACCUUUCUCUGCUGACCAUCUGUGACUCAGUGAUCUCAGAAUCUUUUGGCUUAGGAUGCCAUCAAAUUCAUGUCUCCAGCCCAGAUCUCCCUUCUGAAUUCCAGCCUGUUCUGCCAUCAGCCCUUUACACUAGCUGUUCCAUCAGACAUCCUACCCUUCCCGUCUCAUCUUUCCUUGAAUGUUGUCUUUUCACACGAAGCCUAUUCUGACCACACUACUCAAUGUUGCAACCUGUCCCUUACUCGCUAUCUUCAAUAUUCCCAACCUCCCUAAGUCAUUCUAUUCUUUCUUUGUCCACAUGACAUAUCACCUAACAUCCUAGAUACUUUGCAUAUUUAUUAUGCUUAUUAUUUGCUGUUGUUUCCCCUUAUUAGUGUGUGAGCUCCAUGAGAGCAGGGGCCUCUUGUUCCCUGGUGUAUCACAAGUGCCUGGAAUAGUGCCUGGCACACAGCAGGGACUCAAUAAAUGUUUGUGGAAUUGUU